UUUGUGAUGUGAGCUAUACAUUUUCCUCAUUUUCUAGCUUCUUCUCUUAAAUAUUAACAAGAAACAAGACAUGUACAAAUGUUAUUACAAUAAAAUACUUAAACAGAAAAUAUGUAUCGCUGGAAACAAAAUUAAAACUUUUAUACACAAAAUGGCGGACUUCAUGUUGUCACAUGUUCAAACGUCACGAGGAACCACCUCGCAGAUGUCCUGAGUCAGGAGAUAACACUCACUGUACUCUGGAUACUGAUUCGAUCUGUUUUCCUUCACAACUAUUAUGUUCCCGGUGUUACAUGAACUUAGUUUCAAAACGAAUUUCAUUAUAUUAUUGUCCACAUUGUGAUUGUUCGCCUUCACCUGACUUUAUAUUGAGCUAUGCAUUUGCUAGCUAUUUGUAUAUUGUAUUUUAAUAUCACAAAAUGUAACGUUUCAGUGAUGAGAUGUGCGAGUCCGGCGGCCGCGUCUACCACCGUGCUGGUGGACGAGGUCGGGGGCGACACCGCCUCUGACGUCUCCCUCAUCACAAUGUUCUUGAAGAACAUCCUGAACCUGGGGCUGGGCUCGGCGGCCCCCUCCACCUCCUCCACCGCCCGGCCCACGCCCACGCCCACGCCCACGCCCAAACAACCGAACACGAGGAUUUGCGACAAAAAUAUCAUUCGCGCCUUUGUAGACGUCAAGGUGAAGGAGCUGAUGCCGUUCCUGCAGGACGACGAGUACGCGGAGGCGGAGGUUGAGGCGGAGGCGGAGGGCGACACCGACAUCCUGCAGCCUCCGCCCGAGCUGGUCGCGCUGCGCCAGCGCCCGCCCCCGCCCCCGCCCCCGCCCCCGCCCGGGGAGGGAGUGAGGAGGUACAGGCGGCUGAGGAGGCGCAUUCACCGCGCACUGCUGCGGGAGACAGUCUCCAACGACACCCUCCAUCUCAUUAUACAGACGAUCGAUGAAAUGAUAGCGAACAUGGUCGCGGGGCGCUGCGCAGUGCGGGGCGGAGCGCGGGGCGAAGCGCGGGGCGGAGCGCGGGGCGGCGCGCGGGGCGGAGCGCGGGGCGGCGCGCGGGGCGGAGCGCGGGGCGAAGGCCCGCCGCCGCCGGAGCCCCGCGCCGAGGACGCGGCCUCGCGCCCGGCCGCAUGGAGGCUCGAGUGGCAGAAGAUACGGGAAAAAUAUUCCGACCUAUUUCGAGGCAACGACUCCGCUCCCCGACAGCGGCUGGACGAGAUCGUCGGCUCGCUCAUGGACAAGUUGCCGACCUUCUUCGCCGACGUGCUGCGAGAUGGCGACACUCUCGCCGAGAGGUACGGCGUCAGGUGCGAGAGGACGAGGCCGGCGGGUGCGGCGGGCGCGGGGGGUGCGGGGGGUGAGGGGGGCGCGGCGCCGGGGCGCAGUCGCGCGCUCGCCGGCAACGCGACCUGCGUGGCGGCGACGCGGAUCUGCUCGGGCGAGCUGCGGCGGUUCCUGGUGCGGCUGUUCAAGGCGGUGAACGAGAGCAGCUCCCGGGUGCUGCGGGACUACCUCGAGAUGUACAAGAUCGACGUGAACAUCGACCCGGCGGCGGGUCCUCGCGGCAUCCUCUCCACGCUGCGGGAGAUAAACCGCGAGGCGGAGGUCGAGGUCUGCAAAAUAUUCGCCAAGAAAAUACGAAGCCUGGUCGCAGAGGAGGGGAGGAAGCGCGGCCUGGACGAGGCGGACUUGAAAGAUCUGAUAAAACACAUAACGGAGAACGUUAAAAUGCACACGAAUGAAAUCGUACGAGUCGAGAUGGCGCCCAUAGACACGGAGCUGAAGGAGAGAAUUUUAAAGGAUCUGGAGGACGACAUGAGAGUGGAACUGGACCGGCUGGCGCGCGAGGCCGAGCUGACCAUCUGCUCCGCUUUCGCCACCUGCAACGGGCGGUACUCGGUGCGGCGAGCUGGCCCCGCGCGCCGCGGAGUCUACGUGCGCGUCCAGCUGCAGCUGGAGGAGCGGCCGGCUCGCACCCCGCGCCGCACCCCGCGCCCCGCCCCGCGCUCCGCCCCGCGCUCCGCCCCGCGCCCCGCCCCGCUCCCCGCCUCGCGCCCCGCCCCGCGCCCCUCCCCGCGCCGCACCGCUCCGCCGCCGUCACAGGAUUACACUAGUUUCGGUUUAUCAGAAGCGCCGAUACAAAUGAAAUAUUCAACAUUUGACACAAAAAAUUACGAUAUGAAAUCGUUAAACGUGACGAGAACGACGACAUUUUAUAGUGAAAAUAGCAAUACAAAAAUUAGUCAGUAA